GCUGAGCCCCAGCCCCAGCUGGGCACGCAACUUUGGAAGUCCGGCGGCGCUUCGGGAGAGGCGGCAGAGUCCGCACCCCAGCCCCAGCCCGGGCCCGGCCGGCACCGCCGCGUCUGGGGGAAAGCGAGGGAGUCGGUAAUCGCUGCUUCGGGGAUGUAAGAAGACAGACCUAGGACCCCAGGCCCGCAUCAGCGCCCUUCGGCUGCCUCCCGGGGUGGGGGCGGGCCCCGCACACGGUAAGACCUCUUGCUUUCGCUCAGGCUCAAGAGUCAAGAUAGAGAUAGAUUUUAAAUUUUCUGUCAUCCCUCCAAGUGAUCAGGCCACCGAUGAUUUCUGUUCUCCCUUCUUGAAGAAUCAAUCUCCCUUUCCCCAUCGGCUCGACCUACUCUCUCCCGCCGCUUAGAAAUAAAACUUGUGCUGAGCUGGGCAGGAGAAGGCGCCCACCACGAGGGCCACAAGCGCAGGCCGGGCGCCGUUCGCGGGAGCCGGGCCCAUGGGCUGCUAGCGCCCCCCAGCCCCCACCCCCCCGGCAGCUCGGGCCGGCGUCCCUGCGGCCCCCUCCCCAUGUGAGGCGCGGCAGGGCGAGCGGGGCGCGGGAGGAAGAGGAGGACCCACUGGCGCAGGGCCAGAAGGCAGCUGGCAGCAGGCCAGGCAAGCGGGCACCCGCGUUCAUGUUCCGCCAGGAGCAGCCGCUGGCCGAGGGCAGCUUCGCGCCCAUGGGCUCCCUGCAGCCGGACGCGGGCAACGCGAGCUGGAACGGGACCGAGGCGCCAGGGGGCGGCGCCCGGGCCACCCCUUACUCCCUGCAGGUGACGCUGACACUGGUGUGCCUGGCCGGCCUGCUCAUGCUUCUCACGGUGUUCGGCAACGUGCUUGUCAUCAUCGCGGUGUUCACAAGCCGCGCGCUGAAGGCGCCCCAGAACCUCUUCCUGGUGUCUCUGGCCUCGGCCGACAUCCUGGUGGCCACGCUCGUCAUCCCUUUCUCGCUGGCCAACGAGGUCAUGGGCUACUGGUAUUUCGGCAAGGCGUGGUGUGAGAUCUACCUGGCGCUCGACGUGCUCUUCUGCACCUCGUCCAUCGUGCACCUGUGCGCCAUCAGCCUGGAUCGCUACUGGUCCAUCACGCAGGCCAUCGAGUACAACCUGAAGCGCACGCCGCGCCGCAUCAAGGCCAUCAUCGUCACCGUGUGGGUCAUCUCGGCCGUCAUCUCCUUCCCGCCGCUCAUCUCCAUCGAGAAGAAGGGCGGCAGCGGCGGCCAGCAGCCGGCCGAGCCGCGCUGCGAGAUCAACGACCAGAAGUGGUACGUCAUCUCGUCGUGCAUCGGCUCCUUCUUCGCUCCCUGCCUCAUCAUGAUCCUGGUCUACGUGCGCAUCUACCAGAUUGCCAAGCGCCGCACCCGCGUGCCGCCCAGCCGCCGGGGGCCGGACGCCGCCGGGGGCGCCAAGGCGUCGCGCUGGCGCGGGCGGCAAAACCGCGAGAAGCGCUUCACGUUCGUGCUGGCCGUGGUCAUCGGCGUGUUCGUGGUGUGCUGGUUCCCCUUCUUCUUCACUUACACGCUCACGGCCGUGGGCUGCUCCGUGCCGCGCACGCUUUUCAAGUUCUUCUUCUGGUUCGGCUACUGCAACAGCUCGCUGAACCCGGUCAUCUACACCAUCUUCAACCACGACUUCCGCCGGGCCUUCAAGAAGAUCCUUUGCCGGGGGGACAGGAAACGGAUCGUGUGAGCGCCCGGUCCGCGACCCGCGAACAGACUGGCGCCCACUGCAGUCGGCGGGGAUCGAGGGGCUCGUCUCUGCAGUCCCAGCACACUGAAACCCGGGUCCUGCCUACUCGGUGUUUCCUGGCCAGGCCUUGCCCUGUGGCCUCCUGUGGGCCUCUGCUUCCCCCCCUCCCCAGGGAAAAGAACUGGCUGGGAGGGCCGCAGGCCCCCCAGUUGUUGCUAGGGCCCCUUGUGACUUGGCGCGAUCUUCCUGGGUUCUUGGGAGUCCCCUACUGAGUAUUGCUUCCUAAAGGUAUUUUCACCUCCCCUGAGUCCAGCUGUCAAUGCAGAUCAGAGCAAGCAAGCACUGAACAGACCCCAGAGGGUACGGCUCACAAAGGAUUAACGGAUGGGGGUUACCCAGCCCCAGCUAAUUGCUCUUCCCCUUCCCCUAACUCUGUUUUUAAACAAAUGCUCAGGGCAGCCCUGCCCAUCCUCCCAUCGCCCACUGUAAAUAUACACUAUUUUUGAUAGUACACGCUAGGGUCCCCGAUGUCUGGGCUUUUGAUGCUGUUGGAGAUGCCUUUGAGGCAGACACACUGUCUUCGGUUCAGGCCAAGCCCCUUUGCAAAGUAAGUCCUUUUCUGGUGUCAUUACCUCCUUCUGUGUCCUUUUCACCAGCAACUGGUGACUGUCCCUGGGGCCUGGACCUGCUUUGAGAUUUCCUGAGGGGGAAAAGAUUUCUGUCCAUUUUUUUCCUGUGCCUAACAGCAUAAUUGCCUUUUCCUAUGUAAAUAUUACAAGGAGGGACCAAGACAGAAGUAAAUGAACCUUUCUGCCUUGCAGCAGCCCUGUGUAUAAAGCCAUUAUCCUCUGAUGCACCCUUCACCCCAGUAACUCACUUUAAAAGUAUCUCUUUCCUGGGUCCCUCCCUCCCUCUCUCCCACCUUCCCUCUCUCCAGGGCCACUGCUUGAAGAAUAUGUAUGUUUCUAUCUUGUAUGUUUGUGCACCUGCCCCUCCUUCUCCAAAAGUGCUGACUGCAAGAAAUCUUUUAGCUGCUGUUUUUAGAUGGAGGAGUGGAAAUUAUGUGGAAGAAGCAAACCUGAUACAAUUUGCCCAAGGUAAACAGUUCGAAAAGACAAAUGAGCCUGCCAAACUGUACAGUUCCUGUCCCGGGAGCUCUUAGGUAUCAAAGUAUUGUCCUUUCCCCCCUGCUUUUCUGGUUGAGAUCAUGUCAUUGAUGAACUCCCAAAAUCAAGGGAAGAGGGCGGACACCUCGUGUUUACAUCGGAGUUUCUACACGUUUUAGACAGAGACUCUUUAAGGCCUGCGCUCUUAUUUCACUAAAGACAAACUAAUGGCAGCACACGUUGCUAAUGACAGUGGAUUUUUUUUUUUAAUAAAAAGUUUACAGAUCAAAUGUGAAAUAAAUAUGAA